CUUGUUACCUGGUCAAGACGUGGAUGAAACGCAGAGGAGGAAGCUACGAGCAAAGAGAAGCUGGCGCCAUAUCCCCCGACCCUCCUCUGCCUCCAGUGCUGUCGUGAUCACGUGCGAGCGAGCCAAAGGGUGCACUCGACGACACCUGCUCCUCUCCUUGUUUCGCCAGCAUGUCGACCGCCGGGAUGAGGGUGAAGCUUGACAUUAAGAAGCAGUUCCACAAGCAGCUCGAGGGAUUGCCGUCAAAGAGAGAGAUGGAUGCGGUUCUCGAUGAAGCUUUGUCCAUAUGCCAGAAAUGGGCUAUUAGCCCUGAAGAUCUUUACUUCCAGUGGGAGGCGUACAGCAUGGACCACGACGAUGCGGCGCUCAGCAGCGAGAACAUGCGCUCGCUCAGGCGUGUGGUGGAGCAGCGCCAAUUAGCAAAAGCGCAAGCUACACCCCGCGCUGGUGCUCCCGGGGCCAAGUCAGCAAAAAACGGAUUACUGAGCACUGGCAAGAAGGCGAGAGCCAGCUUUGGUAGCUUACUUGGCGGCGACCCCACUUCUGGCAGUCCACGUACAGAUCCAAUCACCCCCUCCCGACCGCCCUCGCACACAUACGGCAGCACUCAUCACCGCGUCAGUAGCAGUGGUGGCUCGUCAAAGCACGACACUUCCAAAACUCCUCUUGCGUCACGCGAGAACUUGGUGAAACGCAGCACAAUCCUCCCACAGUCAAAACAAGGACAAGAGCGCAUGGACAUCGACAUGGAUGACAGGUAUGACCUAGGCGACAAAUCUGCCGACAUUCGAGGCGCGACUCUGCGGCGUGAACAUGCAUCUCUCGAAUCCCAAGCGAUCGAAGUCGAAGGCAUCAAAGCCGCUGCUGACGACCGACACCAUCACCUCCCCUUCCAAGUCAUUGACACUCUCAAUGCCCAUCUUGACACCCACGUCGAUCCGGCUGUCAGGAAGGGGAAGGUCUUCUUAGGCAUGAGCAUCGAGCCGGAAAAAUGGGCGUAUCGGUACAUGUUCGAGCAGAAGAGAGCCUACACUGCGGCUCUUGACGAGCGCAUCGAUCGCAUGGCCGAUGUGAUCGAAGAAUUUUACGAGCUAGGACCCAACCCAUUUGGCGACCCCACGGUGCCAUCGCAGGACGACAUUUAUGUCGUCGGCCGCAUCUGUCCCGCUGUGCCGCCGCCAGUGGAGGUGGCAUCCGUCAUGGAGACAGCUCGGUGGGCGAAGACGGGCGUACCGAAGCUCAGCGAGGCUGGAGUUGUGCUAGAGACCAGCAAGAAGAUGGGUGAUGGCGAGCGCGUCUCGCUCAUGUUUGAAGCGGACUGCAAGGUCAGGCGUAGUCCGCCGGCGCCUGGGGCAAAAUUCGGUGAUGAGGAUGACGGACUUUUGCGAACGGACCGCUUCGGUAUCUUUCCCGGUAUGCUCGUCGGGCUCAAGGGACGGAAUGGGACGGGCGACGCGUUUUCCGUGCAAGAGGUCUUACUGCCACCUAGAUUACCCGAAGGCACAGAAGAGAUGAGACAGCUAGAGAAGUUUCAGUACAGCACCAAGAGCAUGAAUGGCCAACCGAUGAAGAUGAUGGUUGCCGCAGGACCUUUCACUUCCGACUCAGACUUAACCUUCGGUCCGCUGGAAGCCAUCAUUCAGCAAGCUCUCAGAGACACCCCGGAUAUCCUGAUCCUCCUUGGCCCCUUCUUGUCGCGCUACCAUCCUAUACUUCAAUCCGGUCAUGUCGACGAAUUCCCGGAGGAUAUCUUCAGAAAGAGGGUCAGCGAUCGUUUGGACGAGCUUUUGAAGGCGACCAAAGGCAGCGGACUGAGGAUUGCGCUGGUGCCAAGUACAAAGGAUAUUGUAUCGGCGCAUGCUGCGUUCCCACAACCGAUGUUCGAGCACAAUUCGAAAAGCGAUACAAGUUUAGGAAUGUUUGACAAGAGGACAAGCCUUCCUGAUGACAAGCGUCUCUUCCGCUUGCCGAACCCGUGCGCAGUCUGGAUUAACGAAUGCUUUGUCGGUCUGUCGACGGCAGACGUGCUCAGAGAUGUACGGUCAGAGGAGAUGGUAAUCCAGGUCGAAGAUAUCAAAAGCUCGAACGCGUUUGAGACUGCUACACCUGACCCUCUUCUGAGAGUCUGUGGUCAUAUUAUCAGCCAGCGAUGCUUCUACCCGCUCUACCCGUCCUCCCCGGCUUCCAAUCCUCCCCUGCCGCUCGACAUAUCUCACGCACACCUGGCGGACUUUGUCACUGUCACGCCUGACAUUCUCAUCCUUCCGUCGGUGCUGAACCCAUGCAGCAAACUGCUCGACCCAACUAUCUGCGUCAAUCCAGGUGCCGCUGGUGGCAGGAAGGGCGACCGUGGCGGAACAGUCGCCAUGGUCACCAUUCGACCGCAGCAGGAUUUGCGCGAGAUCAUCGAGCAGGCAAAGUGUGCUGGACAGUCGGAGAGGGACCGUAUCGGAUAUGAUAUCCCUGGCAGGACGAGAGUGGACAUUCUCAAGCUGUAAAUGAAACAAGCAUUGGCUAUUGUAUUUCUA